AUGAGGAUACACCAACGAACUCAUACCGGAGAGAAACCAUAUAAAUGCAUGGAGUGUGGAAAGAGCUUCACUCAUAAUGGAGAAUUUAGAAUACAUCAACGAACUCACACUGGGGAGAAACCAUUUAAAUGUAUUGAAUGUGGAAAGAGCUUCAGUCAAAGUGGAAACCUUAGAAUACAUCAACGAACUCACACCGGGGAGAAACCAUAUAAAUGCAUUGAAUGUGGAAAGAGCUUCAGUGAAAAUGGAUCCCUCAGAAUACAUCAACGAACUCACACAGGGGAGAAACCAUUUAAAUGUAUUGAAUGUGGAAAGAGCUUCAGUGAAAAUGGAUCCCUCAGAAUACAUCAACGAACUCACACAGGGGAGAAACCAUUUAAAUGCAUUGAAUGUGGAAAGAGCUUCAGUCAAAAUGGAGUCCUUAGAAUACAUCAACGAACUCACACUGGGGAGAAACCAUUUAAAUGCAUUGAAUGUGGAAAGGGCUUCAGUCGUAGUGGACACCUUAGAAAACACCAGCAAACUCACAUGGGGGAGAAACCAUUUAAAUGUAUUGAAUGUGGAAAGAGCUUCAGUGUAAAUGGAUCCCUCAGAAUACAUCAACGAACUCACACAGGGGAGAAACCAUUUAAAUGUAUUGAAUGUGGAAAGAGCUUCAGUGAAAAUGGAUCCCUCAGAAUACAUCAACGAACUCACACAGGGGAGAAACCAUUUAAAUGCACUGAAUGUGGAAAGAGCUUCAGUCAAAAUGGAUCCCUCAGAAUACAUCAACGAACUCACACAGGGGAGAAACCUUUUAAAUGCAUUGAAUGUGGAAAGGGCUUCAUUGAAAAUGGAGCCCUUAGAAUACAUCAACGAACUCACACGGGGGAGAAACCGUUUAAAUGUAUUGAAUGUGGAAAGAGCUUCAGUGAAAGUGGAAAACUUAGAAUACAUCAACGAACUCACACGGGGGAGAAACCAUUUAAUUGUAUGGAGUGUUGGAAGAGCUUCAGUCAAAGUGGAGGCCUUAGGAAACAUCAGCUAACUCACACAGGGGGGAAACCACAGAUGUAG